AGGUUAUUUGUUUGUUGUCAGAGACAAGUACUUGUCACUGUUGUUGUGUUGAUAUUCCAAGCAAGGCUGUGCCCCUGAGCGAAAAUGGGAGAAACCGAGAUUGCCUGGCCCUGGCAGUACAAUUUUCCGCCUUUUUUCACACUACAGCCCAAUCCGGAGACCAGAGCGAAGCAAGUCCAGGCCUGGAAAGCCCUCAUUCUGGAUUACUGCAAACAGUCGAAACUCUACCUAAUUGAUGCUCGUGAGGCAGAUAAUGGCCCCCUUUUCAACAAUGCCAGCAUCAAUCGAAAGCUGGACGGUGCAGUGAUCGUCUCCAUUCUGUCCGAGAUGCAGAAGAGUGGACAUGCAGCCCCAGUUGACAAGGCCAAGCAUCGCUGGGAGGUUUACUGGCACACGCUGGACGAAUGGUCAUCAAUGAUUUAUGCCCACGUGUAUUCUAAGGGGCUGCAGGGCACAGUGCUGACAUUAUUCGAGUUGUCUCAAGGCGAUGACGUCAAGAACGAGGAGUUCUAUGGGAUGCAGCAGGACGUACUGGUGAAGGCCUUGCAGGUUUUGGAGCGCGACCGCAAAUGUGAGCUGAUUUUAUCCGACGAGGACCAGGGAGUCAAGUUUUUUUAGCUCUAAAUGCUGUAAUACACACACUAACAGCAGUUGCAUGGUUGGGCGAUUUUUGCUCUUCAAAUCAAAACGCAUAAUUUGCUUAUUCUCCUACGCAAAAGUGCGUGAAAACCAUUAUCGUGUUGUAUAAUUAAUUCAGAAUUUUGCUAGAUUCUUAUGAAACCUGCAGCAUCUUUCCAGUCUUCUAAAAAUCUUUAAUGUUAAUCGAAUUAAAUUGAUUCUUUCCGUCACUGUCUUCUAAUGCGUUAUGAUGAGACAACAUGCAAAAUAGUUGCAUUUUAACUUGCUUAACGAACAUUGCAUUUAAAUAGUCAGUGGCGUUUUCUCCCUGGCGCCACUGGAGUUCACUAAUUUACUUAGGAACAAAUCAUGCCCGUUUUGCUGGUAGUAAACAGUGCAGAGUGAAGAUAUUUGAAUUAUAUUGCAAAAACCGCAAUAAAUUAGGUUGGAUUCCAAAUCAAAAUUAAUUCCUGGGUUUCAGUCAUUUAUUGUCUCUAUUUAUCAAUUAAAAUACGUUUCGGUGUAUUUUUUACAACCCAGGAAUUAAUUUUGAUUUGGAAUUGAAACACAGUCAGGAAAGUAUGUACAAAAUUAGGUUGGAUAUCAAAUGAAAGGAAGUGAGUAGACCAGGGCGUGGUUUAUAUACAAUAAAAUUUAUUGUAGUAGUUUAAUAUACAUUUUGUAAUAAACAAUCUUUAGCUCUUUUUAUGAUACAAAAUUAUAGAAUAAGUACAAUAAACACUAUUUAUUGUU